CAACAUAUUAUACGAUUCAAAUCAUCAACGAAGACCAGCUAAACCGCUCAUUCAACACUCUAAAUUAGGGCAAGUGGAAAAUAUUAAAAAAGAGUCUAAAAAAAUCUAUUAUAAUGCAAAGCACAGCAACGAUAACGGACUUAGUAAAGCGUUUGUCGGUUGUGCGAUAACUACAUUAGUUUCUCUUAAACCCAUCUUAACAAAAAAAAUGGAAAUUUCUGAUGAAGAAUAUGAUAAGUUGACCAAAAUGUCAGAAAAAGAAUUAUUUGAGCUUGAUUCUUAUCUUAUUAUGGUUCGCGUUUGUGCAAACAAAGUUAUUGCUAA